AUUUUUUGAACCAAAAUAACGUUAAUGGAAAAAUAUAGUGAAUCGCAACUGCCUUCAAAACUCCAACCUAGUGAAAAUGCGUCCUUUCUAUCGAAACUAUUUUUUUGUUGGGCACCAAAAUUUUUUUACGACGGCUACACCAAACAUCCCACUGAAGAAUACUACGCCACUGUUAAAAGCCACAGCUCGUGUUACUUAGCCGGAAAAUUGGAAAAAUCAUGGGAAAGAGCGAGCCCGUCCCUGUGGAAAGCACUCUGGAAAACGUUUCACUUUGAAUUCGUAGCCUUAUGUCUCUUAUUUAUUAUCUCAGAGUUUACGUUCAAGAUAAGCCAACCAUGGCUCGUUGCAAAACUCAUGGAGGAGAUCAUCAAUUCGAAAAACGAGUACUAUUUGUAUGGUUUUUUAGUCAUUCUAGUGAACUUUUUAAGUGUGAUAGUGGGCCAUUUCUACCACCUCAAGGUCCAACAUUUAGGGAUGAAAAUCCGCAUUAGUUGUUGUUCUCUGAUUUACCAGAAAGCUCUAAAGAUUAGUAAGCAAGUGGAGUCGGAGUCGAAAAUGGGAAAAAUCGUUAACUUGUUAUCAAAUGAUGUUAACCGCUUUGAUUUGGCGCCGAUGCACUUGAUCAACCUCAUCGUAGCACCGUUUGAGACACUUUUUGUGAUAUUUAGCUUGUAUGCAACGGUUGGCACCACAGCGGUCAGCGGAAUCGUUUUUUUAGCAGUAUUUAUGCCACUUCAAAUGUACAUGGGGAAAUUAACGACGACUUAUAGACUGAAAAGUGCCACAAACACCGACCGAAGGAUCAAACUAAUGAACGAAAUUAUCACAGGCAUCAAAGUGAUAAAAAUGUUCGUUUGGGAAAAACUAUUUGUGGACAUCAUCGAAAAAGCCAGAAGGUUGGAAGUUCGCCAAAUACGCAAAAUAUCAAACAUUCGAGCGUUGAACGUCUCCUUCAUGCUUUUCAUAAACCGGACUGGGAUUUUCUUAUCCGUCAUGACGUACUUUCUGGUCCGGAAGCAAGUCGAUGCCAAAUACGUGUUUGUCCUGUCGUCGUUUUACGCAAUUUUGCGACAAACUCUAACAGUUUACCUGCCCUUUGCUAUCCAGAAUUUCAGCGAAACUAGGGUUUCUGUCGAGAGAAUUCGCCUCUUCCUAACGUGCGAUGAACAAAUUGCAGUGACUUAUGUAGCCUCAGAUAAGGAACAACUGGUGAAACGCGAUAUCACCAUUCAGGAAUUUGGGAAUAUUGAGGGAACGAAAGUUGGGAUUCGGUUGAAAAACGCCUCAGUGAAGUGGCUACUGGCCGAAAAUUACAGCUUGAACAGCGUGAAUUUUGAGGUUUUUGGGGAGUUUGUGAUAGUUAGUGGGCCAGUGGGUGGUGGAAAAUCCACUCUUCUGUACACGAUUUUAAAAGAACUGCCCCUUGAUCAAGGAGAGUUGAGUGUGAAAGGCAUUCUCUCGUAUAUGUCUCAAGAGCCGUGGCUGUUUUCGGGCACAGUUCAACAAAACAUACUGUUUGGGUCAAAAUUUGACAAAAAUAAGUACAACACAAUCGUGCAAAUUUGCCAGUUGGAAGCGGACCUCUCCACUUUUCCGUACGGUGACCACACUUUAGUUGGGGAAAACGGGGCUCUGUUAAGUGGAGGCCAGAAAACGCGGAUCAAUUUAGCUCGGGCCCUUUACAGUGACGCCGAUAUUUAUCUACUGGACGAUCCUUUUGCGUCCGUUGACACGAUCAUCGGGAAGAAAAUUUUCCAAGAUUGCAUUCUCACGUACUUAAGGAACAAAUGUGUGGUUCUAGUCACAAAUCAGCAAGGUUUUUUCGCCGCAGCUGAUAGAGUUUACACUUUAGAUAAGGGUAUCCUCACCAAUAAUGUAAAUAUUUACAAGAAAGAGUACACUUUUGAGGAGCAACAAAGUAGGGAGCAUAUAAUAAGUGGGGAAAAAAUCACAGAACUGAAACUGGAACCCAAAAAAGGGAGGCAAGGGAAUGUCACGAGACAAGUGUAUGCAAAAUAUGCCAAAUCGGCCGGGAAUUGCUCGAGUCAUUGUCUCCUCUUUUUUCUGUUUCUGGCGUCGCAAAUUGCGGCCAGUGGGGCCGACUAUUUUGUGGCAUUUUGGGUUAAUUUGAGCCAAUCUUCCACUCGCAAUUCUUUCACCGACGAUAUUUGUCUCCAAAUUUAUCUCGCUCUUAUUAUUGCAACCAUAACUUUAUCAAUCGCGAGAUCUAUCACAUUUUUCCGAUUGUGCAUCAAAGCUUCAGUAAAAUUGCACAAUUGCAUGUUUGCCAAAGUAAUCAAAGCCCCCAUAACUUUCUUCGAAACGAAUCCUUCGGGGGAAAUACUGAACCGUUUCUCGAAAGACAUCGGCAUGGUCGAUGAGACCAUUCCUUCCAUUCUCAUGGAUACGUUUCAAAUCGCUUUCAUUAUCCUAGGAAGUGUGGUUUUGAUAAUUUUCCUAAAUCCUUGGAUGCUGAUACCAACACUAGUGAUUUUUCCCCUGUUCUAUUUUUUUAAAAUUUGGUUUCUAAAAAGAAGUCGCAAUCUAAAACGGCUGGAAGCUUCAGCACGCACUCCAAUCUACACGCACGUUCGUGAAACCCUCAAAGGUUUAACGGUGAUCAGGACAUACAAUGCGGAAAUCACAACCAAACGCCAAUUCAGCUGCUACCAAGACUUGCACAGCUCGGCUUUUUACACUUUCAUGACUUGCAAUCGAGCUUUUGGCUUCUGGUUGGACUUAAUCUGCAUGUUUUACACCAUUGGGGUGAUAGCGAGCAUCAUGUUGAUGGAGACACAAGCCGGCAGUGUUGGCUUGAGUAUAACGCAGUCAAUAAACCUGAUCGGGGUGCUCCAGUGGGGCAUCAAACAGUGGAGCGAGCUGGAAAACCAGAUGAUCAACGUUGAACGUGUCUCUGAAUACACGGAGAUUUCCCCCGAGCAAAGCCUGACGAAAAAUUUGGGCGAAAUUUGGCCAAGUGAAGGCCAAAUCAAGUUUCAAUCCGUCUCAAUGCGCUACCCCCAGAGCGGUCGUCUAACCCUGGACAACAUAAGCUUCACGGUCGAACCUAGAGAGAAAAUCGGAAUAAUUGGGCGAACCGGCGCUGGAAAAUCAUCCCUAGUUUCAACCCUCUUCCGUUUGUACAACUUCGAGGGGAAAAUUCUCGUCGACGGAGUCAACACUUGCGAAAUUCCACUCGACACCCUCCGGUCAAAAAUCUCAAUCAUCCCCCAGGAACCGAUCCUCUUCACAGGGACGCUGCGGGAGAAUCUGGACCCCUUUGGCGAGUUUCCCGACGCCGUUUUGUGGAACGUUCUGGAGCAAGUGAAACUGAAAAGUGUGGUAGCGAACUUUUCAGACGGCCUAUCGGUUCAAGUCCUGGAAGGAGGGUCGAAUUUCAGCGUGGGACAGAAGCAGCUGAUUUGUCUAGGAAGAGCGAUCUUGAGGAAGAACAAGAUUCUUAUUUUGGAUGAAGCGACCGCAAAUAUCGAUUUCCAAACGGAUCGGUUCAUUCAAGAAACGGUGCAGAGUGAAUUCAAGAACUGCACCGUUUUAACGGUGGCCCAUAGGAUCAAUACGGUUAUGGAUUCGGACAAGAUUAUGGUCCUGGAUGAUGGGAAAUUGGUGGAGUUUGAUAGUCCGAGCAGUUUGUUGCGGAAUUCGGACGGGUUGUUUCGGCAAGUGGUGGAUGAGUGUAAAGAAAGUUUGUCCAAAGCGAAAUAAAAGAGUAAAUUUCUAUGUUCACAAAAA